AAACGCACGACGAUGCUUCCCUCGCUUCCAUCCCACACGUACUGGAAUCGCUAUAUAUAACACUCACUAGUACUCUCCCCAGCUUCAACAACCAGCUGAGCUCGCAUUACUGACUGAGCUAGCGUUAGCAAUGGACCAUGGCGGCGGCGGCGGCCGGAGCAGCAGCCGGCUCCGGGAAAGGCUGGCAAGGAUGUUCCGCCCUGGCUCGCUGCUCCGUUCGACCUGCAACACCAACGCGUCCACCUGUUCCUCCUCGUCCACGGCCCCCGGCGCGGGGGCGUCCAAGCCGCCGCCGAGCUCCGCGUGCUCUUCCAGCCGCGCGCUGCUCGCCGCGGACGCCGACGUCGCAUGCGACAGGGACUCCUUCCUCGCCUCCUCUCGCCGCGACUACGCGUCCCUCGUCGGCCGCACCGAGUCCUUCUCCACCGCCAUCGACCGGCUCCACCGCCGCUCGGUCGUGGCCCCGGCGCCUCCCUCCCGCUUCUCUGUCGACGCGCCGCCUCUGCUGGAGAAGAGCAACAAGGAGGAGAAGGGGAAUAGCCCUCGCGAGUACACUCACCACCACCGUCUCCAUGGGGUCAAGAACGACAAGGCCAAUAUGAAGCUGCUCUCCAACCCCUACGGCUUCAGCAGCUCGGACGACAACGACGCCGACACGGACGGCGCCGACGUCUUCAGCAGCGAGGCCGACGAUCUCGGCGGCCGCAGCGGGGCCAAGAAGCUGGGCGAGUCGGCGGAGACCUUCUUCUCCUCCUCGAGAAGCUUCUCCUCCGACUCCUCCGAGUUCUACACCAAGAAAAAGAAGAAGAAACAGCCAAAUAAGAAGUCCCCUGCAUCGUCGGCGCCCAAGCCGCCGCUGCCGCCCCCGCCUCCGAGGGCCAAGAGGGGUCAUCAGAGGCGGCAUCGUCGCGCGGCGAGCAGCUGCGACACGUGUGGCGUGAGGGACGGGUUCCGACCGGUGGUGUCGGCGGCGGAGGAGCAGGUGCGCAAGGGGUUCGCGGUGGUGAAGCGGUCGCGGGACCCGUACGCGGACUUCAGGUCGUCGAUGGUGGAGAUGAUCGUGGGGCGACAGAUGUUCGGCGCGCCGGAGCUGGAGCGGCUGCUUCGGUCGUACCUGUCCCUGAACGCGCCGCGCCACCACCCCGUCAUCCUCCAGGCCUUCUCCGACAUCUGGGUCGUCCUCCACGGCGGCUAGCGCUAGCUUAGCUUAAUCAGUAUAAUCAGCUAGAACCAUCUUGGUCACGGAUCGAUGCAGUACGUGUUAAUGAAGCUUCUUGUGAUCUGCUACUUUUCAAGAGUAAUCAGAAGGAGGAGCUAUCUUAUCUGAAUAAAUUUGGUCUUAAUGCUUAUCGUUCUUAAUGAACUGACCUGACCGUGCUGUUCUUGGCUUCUGAUUUGGAUUGAUCAGAGAGCGUCAUGGUUUUGUUUGCUAGCUAGAGCCUCGAGGCCGGCCGGUGCUGUACUACGUUUGAUUUUCGACCGGGGUCAAUCAUUUGGACUGUGGAGAUGAUGUAUGCAUGAUGGCAUGGCGCUACUCGA